CUCAAUUGCUCUCUACAUGCCAGUAGCUGUUACAGUUCUCUCUAUCCAGAGAGAUAAUAUCCAUCAUGGACAUGAGCAGCAUGGACCAUGACACCAUGGCUACCCCGUCUCCGCCUUCAUCCCACUCAACAAUGACCAUGGUCUUCAUAAACGCCCACGACACUCCGCUCUUCUCCUCGCAAUGGACGCCCUCGUCCUCCGGCAGCUACGCAGGUACCUGCAUCUUUCUCAUCGUCCUAGCCAUCAUCGCCCGCGCUCUUGUCGCAUUCAAAGUCCUAAUGGAACGGCACUGGUUGGACGUCCACCUGAACCGUCGCUACAUCGCCAUAGCCGGUAAAUCCACCGAAGCGGGGCGCAUCGAAGCGGAUCCCGAGGCGAAGAAAGCAUCGCUGGUGUCGGCGCAGGGCGUCGAGGAGUCCGUCAAGGUGGUGCGACGCGCCGCGCGCGACCCUCUGCCUUGGCGGUUCAGUGUUGAUUUACCGCGGGCUUUUCUUUAUCUCCUCAUUACGGGGGUCUCUUAUCUUCUGAUGUUGGCUGUGAUGACGAUGAAUGUGGGGUAUUUCUGUUCUGUCCUUGGGGGGGCUUUCUUAGGGGAGCUGGCUGUGGGACGGUAUGUCCAGUGGGGAGAACAUGAUCAUUGAUUUGUUGGGUUUAUGGGAUGUUUGGAGUUGGGGCAAGAUAUUGCAUAUUAGGCGUUGGACUUGCAUUUGUGGACACUUAUUUUCGAUACUUAUUGUUGCUGGCAACUGGGUAUCAUCCUGAAUUUUCCAUCUUUGAGUUGUGGUCCAUCUGUGUGGCUUUUCCGCAUUGAGAGUGUACCUAUAGAGUGAUGUAUAGAGCUGAUCCUCCUGAGGAACCAGUGAUCUCUCUCCCGUGCAUGACCCAUGGAUCACUGCAGUCAAUAAGUACCAUCCAUCACGU